AAUGUUUACACUACAAGGAAGCUACGGAUUUUAUAAAGCACCAGUCAGCAAAUUUAUUUUGGGAACAAUAUGCAUUGGAACAGGAGCAGCUACUUUUCCUUUGAGUAAUCAUAAAGAUUGGUUUACAUUCAAUGCAACAGAUUUAAUUACGUCGUUUUCUGCAGUAAACGUAUUGAGAUAUUUUUUGUACAGAUUUGUAUUUCUUAGUUUGAAGGAUGCUUUUUCAGCAAGUAUUUUAAUUACUCAAUUUCGUGUAUUUGAGCGUCGUUAUUCGUCUCGAUAUUAUACAAAUCACCUCAUAGCGGUUUCUAUUCUCUUCUGCGGUUUAGAAUUGUUGACUGCAGGAAUUCUUAAAUAUAAAUUUGAAACAUUCAGCUAUAGCCAACUUCCUUCCGGACCGUGGCAAUUGAUUUUUCCUCUGUUUAUACCCUUUUUCUGGGAAAUACCAAGAGUGCCGAUGACAACUUUUAUGCACAUACCAGUCACAGGCAAAAGUUUUGUUUAUAUACUUGGUCUACACAUGUGCAGUACCGACAGCAAGUCAACGCUACUGGCUUUUCUGGGCCUGCUUGUUGGUGUUCUUCACAAAAAUAACUUUGGUUACAUCAGAACUUUUGUAAAAGUUCCAAAAAUGCUGUCAUCUCUUUCAAAGUGGCUCAUUGGCAGUUUAAUAGAAUCUAAACCGCCUGAAAAUUUAGAUGCCCAGUUUGGUGCAACUUUAGAAAUUCAACGGGAAGAGCAAAUGGAUCGUUUAGAAAUGAUGUUCAAUCGAAAUCUUAUAGAACGAAACCGUCUCAUGGGUGGACAAAGAGCUGAACCAUCUCAGGAAUUGGUAAAUCAGCUUGUUGAAAUGGGAUUCAGCAGAGACAGAGCUGAAAAUGUCCUACGACAAACAGACGGUGAUAUGAAUGCGGCAAUGAGUUUACUUCUUGCUCAAUAA